AUGAGCUACUUCCUGUCCUACUGCAAAGCACAUUGCACCGCCGUGCUCGCCCAAUACCAGAGCCUCAGAUCAGAGGGCUUUCUCUGUGACAUUUUGCUGAAAGUGAAAGAAAAUGAGUUUCCUGCACACAAGUCCCUGUUGGCAUGCUCCAGCGACUACUUCCGAGCCAUGUUCAAAAGUUAUACCCAAGAGUCCAAAGCCAGUGUCAUUCACCUACAAGUUGUCUCACCCACUGGGCUCCAGCACAUCCUGGAUUUCAUUUACACAUCCUUGCUGCCCCUUUCCUUUGAAAGCCUGGAGGAUACCUUGGAAGCUGCAAGCUACUUGCAAGUGACUGAUGCUAUCGGCUUGUGCAAUCAGUACUUAGUUAAAAAUCUUGCCUUGGAAAACUGCUGCUACUCUGCCAACGUGGCCAGGAAGUUCUACCUGCCAGAUGCCCUAGCAGCUGCAGAAAAAUACAUUAUCAAAAAUGUCUGGAAGCUGCUGGACUUGGAUUUGUCAGGACUUCUCGAGCUGAACUUCAGGUCUUUGCUAGCAGUGAUUCAAUCAGCAGAUCUCCCCAUGGUGGAAGAGUGCCGCCUGUUGAAUCUUGUCCUGCUGUGGUUGAAGCGGGAUAAAUCCAGGCUGGAUCAUGCAAGCAGCCUUUUAGAGCACAUAAGAUAUGGUCUCAUCCCAGUGGAAGAGCUGAGAAAAACCUACACACAGUCAGAAGUGUCCCUCUCAGCAGGUAUUAAGUGCAUGAUCAUAAAAGCAAUAAAUUAUCACACAUCUGUAUACAAACAGCCUGUCCUGCAGGAUAAGUCCACCAUGCUGAGGAACCAGAAAACUCGGAUCAUUCUUCUGGGGGGAGGCACAGCAAGUGAGGGGCUCGUCACCGAUGUGGUGGCCUUUGAUGUUUACAACCACAAAUGGAGAACCCUCACCCAGCUGCAGGACAGGGUGCAGAACCACAGCGUGUGCGUGGUGGGGAACUUCCUCUACGUCCUGGGGGGGGAAAUACAAACUGGUACCCUGGGUGAUGCUAAAGUUGGAAAGACCUUAUUGGUUACAAACAAGGUCCAUCGGUAUGAUCCAAGAUUUAACACAUGGACCCAAAUCACGGGCAUGCUGGAAAAGAGAUGCCAGUUUUCCUGCUGUGUCCUAGGCAAGGAUAUCUUUGCCAUUGGUGGAAGGGGCGAGGAUGGGUCGCUGCAUUCAUCUGUGGAAGUCUAUGACAUCAGCAGGGAUAGAUGGACCAAGGCCAGGGAAUUGCCAUGCAGGAUCCAUGGUCAUGCCAGUGCUGUUUGCAAGGACACCAUAUACAUCUCUGGGGGCAAGUACUCGGCCCCAGCCAGCACAAGCAAUGAUGUUUAUUCUCUGAGCUCACUUGAAGGGCAGUGGGUGAAACGUGCCCCAAUGAGCAUUGCUCGGUUUGGGCAUCAGAUGGCAACAAUCAGGGGAUCCAUAUUCACCUUUCUGGGAUUAUAUGAACCUUUCUCUGAAAUAGAAAGGUAUGACCCGGAUCAAAACCAAUGGACUCGGUUGAAACCUCUGGUCUACGAUCGAUUCUCCUACGGCCUGGCAGUGGUGGAGGAAACAGCUCUUCUCAUUGGGGGAAAGAAGUGGCAAAACUCCCUGGAGGUCUCCACACAAGACGUGGUUGGCUAUGACAUCGACAAUGAUGGCUGGGAGGAGAUCUGCAAGGCCCCUCUGCCCUGGUGUGGGCUGCAGUGUGCUGUGCUCCAGCUCUCCGAGGUGGCCGAGGAGCAGGACAGUGACAGCCACCAGAAGAAGCUGCCCAACUGCUGA